CGGAGGAAGAGAGAGAUGUGAUUGUGCGUGUUUGGGACGAGAAAGCAGAGCACGGAGUGACCGACACCAAGACAAAAGUCCUCCCGCGGACGCAGCGUGCUCCUGUCACGUGCUGCCGUGGAUUUACACCCACAGAAAAGUAAAAGUGUCGUCGGAGUGACUUCUGUUCCUACUUUGUUUUUCCUCCUCUCUUUGCCUUUCCUCCCCCUCCGCCCUGCAUUCCGCGGAGCAGCUGUGUUUUAAUGCCCCUGCGCACCCGAGGAGGAGAGAAAGGAGAGAAGAGUGAGGAAGAAGAAGAAGAAGAAGUGAGAAGGCCUGGACACCACCCCUCAUCGCCCCUCGGGAGUCUGUGCUCUCUCCCCUCCUGGCCCUGCAUGGACGGGGAUGGGGAGAGCCGGAUGCUGUUGCCGCGGGGCUGAGCGCCUCGCCUCCCCGUCUCUGGUGCGCCGCUUCCGGCCACUGCUGCUGCUGAUCAUCGUUCUCUGCUGCGGAGCUCAAAUAGGUCAGUGCCAGGUUGCCACCCCUCAGUGUCGGAUCCAGAAGUGCACCACAGACUUUGUCUCUCUCACCUCCCACCUGACCCCGGCUGUGGAUGGCUUCCACACAGAGUUCUGCAAGGCUCUACGUGCAUACUCAGCCUGCACCCAGAGGACCGCCAAGUCUUGCAGGGGGAACCUGGUCUUCCACUCGGCUGUGCUCGGAAUCUCCGACCUCAUGACGCAGAGGAACUGCUCCAGAGACGGGCCCACGUCCUCCACGCACCCCGAGGUGGUGCACGAGCCAUGCAACUACCACAGUCGGACACAGCACGCACAUGCACACUCCCAUGCACACACGCACACUCACUCCCACACUCAUAUCCACUCCCACGGCCACUCUCGGCCUGGUUACCUGUUCUGUGGGCUCUUUGGGGAUCCUCAUCUGAGGACAUUUAAGGACAGCUUCCAGACUUGUAAGGUGGAGGGGGCGUGGCCUCUCAUUGAUAAUGACUAUCUGUCAGUGCAGGUCACUAAUGUCCCAGUGGUGCCCGGCUCCAGCGCCACAGCAACCAAUAAGAUCACAAUCAUCUUUAAGCCGUAUGAAGGCUGUACGGAGCAGAGGGUGUACCAGGCCGUUACAGACAGCCUCCCCGCAGCCUUUGAUGAUGGGACGAUCAGCAGCGGUGACCCCAUUCACACCUCUACAGGUGCAGACGGGGUGACCGGUAAAGUCCGUGCCCUGUGGAUCUCUGAACGCAGCCCAGGUCGACACGUAGAGCUGCAUGCCGGAUACAUAGGUGUAACUGUGAUUGUUCGCCAGCUGGGCCGCUACCUGACCCUGGCGGUGCGGAUCCCAGAGGAGCUGGCUCAGGCCUAUGAUGCUACCCAGGACCUGCAGCUGUGCCUGAACGGCUGCCCUAACGGAGAGCGGAUUGACCAGGCCGGGCACCUUCCCCUGCCUCUCUCCCCGCCUGCGCUUGGCCUGCAGCUUCAGCAGCUGCGUCGGCCCGGCUAUGCCUCACAGACGCAAGCGUCCCCCUAUGGAGCUGCUCAGGUUUUUGGGUUGGAGGGGGCAAAGGAGCGCUGUAAGGAGCAGCUGGACGUGCUGGACAUUUAUUUCCACUCCUGUGUGUUUGACCUCCUCACAACUGGGGAUGCUAACUUCACGGUAGCUGCAUACAGCGCCCAGAAGGACAUGGAGAGUCUUCACCCUCACCAGGAAAGAUGGAGGAUCUACCCUCGCAGCUCUGCGGGGUCCAUCCUGUGCUCUAGUUCUCCAGCUGUGAGACGGCUCGCUGUGCUCCUGCUAUGUGCUCUGAUCUUAGCACUGAUGUGAGGGCAGGAGUGGUGGGACUCCUGAAAGAGAGUGAUUUCUGCUGCACUCAUACCCGUCUUAUGGAGAGAGGAAAAGACAGGUUGGACAGUCACUGGGAACUUUAGUUUUUGUAAAGGUGUCAGAGCAAGCACAGGACAAACAAACUGCAUCUUUCCUGCAGAUUUAGUCCUCUUGGGAACAACGCAGGAUGUACCUGAGUGGGUGAAGAGAGUGUGGAUUUACACUCCUGACUGUAAAUAGCUUGUCUUCAGUGCACAGUGUAAUGCCGUAGAGGUUUUUUGUGACAUUUGUUGUGAUUUUUCUUUAAUACCUCAGACAGAGGAUGUUUGUUUUAACAGAAGCACUUUAUUUAGAUUUAUUUCUUUUUACAAAUCCAUACCAGUGUUUCUUCCUCACUCACUGUCUCCAUCAAAAUCACUGAUGGUUCACAUAAUGAGGACCAUGAACAAUUUGGCUUUUGAUCCUUUCAAAGUAAAAGCCUGUUGAAUGCAUGGAGCUGUGAUCUUUAUAAAAAUGAAUCAUCCUUUUAGUAGCUGAUGUGAUUCAGCGUCUCAUGUAACGUCAGUGUGUGCCGUUCUCUUUGAAUGUAUUAUGAAUUUUGUCAAAGCUAAUGCUUUACUUUUAUGUUGCUAUAUGAAUUAUUUUUCUCAGUCCUAAUUUCAAAUGAAUGAGUGCGUGUACGAGUGUGGAUGUGUUUUUUAUGACAGAAUCAUGUUGCAGGUGUUCCCACCUUUUUUGCCUAGAGGCUGUGACCAAACAGGCUCAGCGUGAUCUUUUGUUAAUUUGAGCCAAAGAAAGUUAAUUUAUGGCUUUUAAUGUACAAAAACAUUCACAAUUCACUGUGUAACCAGCACGUCUCCUCCUCACUAUUUGAAUGUUUCUACUGUUUCUUUUAAAUGUUUCUACUGUAAACCGUUCAUUCCUACUGCCACCAUUGAAGAGCUGCUCCUUAUUGGGAUAGACACAAAACACUGCAAACCUGCAGUGUGUUGUGGGAAAUGUAUGCUAUUUGAUAGCAGACCAUUCAGACUAUGAGCCUCUUUAACAUGUAACAUUCUGUAUUAUUACAUCCUGUUUGUUUGGCUGUGAGAGCUGGUUUUCAGUUUUUGGCAUCUUGUGAGUGUCAGUUUGGUGAAGAGUGGCUGAUCAAUGUUGAAAUACCUAACUUAUUUAUUAUCGUAGAGUCCUGUAGAGGAAGUGAAGCUCCAUAUUCUUGCUGUUGGAUAAUAAUUUAAAAAUGUCAGAUGUGAUUGUACUGCCACCUAGUGGUGCUCUGUUGCUAUGUCUGUGUUACUCAAGACGCUCAAAAAAAAAGAAAAAAAAUGUGUGCAAGUGUUUUUAUUUAAAAAAAACAAUAAAGUCAAAAUGGU